AUGAGCACUCCACCAGCCUCCACUGAUCAAUCCAAUGCGGAUCCUCGCACGCCAUACCACGAGCACUACCAUGGCCUGCCAGAAGGGUCCUAUACGGACGAGAAGCUGCGCCAUGCCUCUGCCCACCACCUGCACAUGACCAGCCGCCGCUACUUCAUCGGCCCAAUUCCAGAGGGCUGGCUGCACGGCAACCGCAAGUCCUGGUAUCGAAGACGGCUCCGCUUCAGGAAUUACACCUCGCAAUCUCUCUCCUUCUCCGUGGACCCGGUCGCAUCCUAUUACCGCCAGCAACCCAGCCAGGGCAGUGAGACAGAGCAAGAGUCCGUCCCACCAGCGGAGGAGGAGGUCGCUCUGACACUCACAGAUACAAGCGAAGGGGCACCGGAACAGGCCGAAGAUGCAGAGCAGGAGUCAGAGGAGGAGCCAUCGGGCGAGAUGCGGAUCCUCUCUCAUCCAACCACAGAGGCAGAAAAUAUUGACCCUCCGCCGGAACCGGAGGACGAAGAUUCAGACAGCACGCCGAAGGCUAGCACAAGGGGGCGGAGUGAGGUAUACGCCAAUACUGGUGCUUCUUCAUCAUAUGUCACAGCCAGGGAAGAUACGACCAGUCUUCCGAGUACGGCAGACACGGACCAGACAUCAUCGACCGUGCAUAUCAAAGGAUUAGCCCCCGGACAACCGGUCGAGUCGUCAGAGGAUUUGGAUACAGCCGGACCCAGUGAGACCGACGGACUAAGCCGCAAGCGCUCUCCAACUACAUCUCCAAGCGAGGCCGAUUCAACGACACGUCUCCUGAAAUCAAAGUCAAAGGGCAAAAGCAAGGUCAAGAGCAAAGCGUCUCGCAUAACCCUGGAGCAACAAGAGCCCCAGCAGGAAGGGGAUGAAGAGGAUACCCACGGAAACAUUAAUAUCCAUCGCAGCAGAUUCACCAAAAAGGUGACGCGAUUCAAUCUCGAUGAUAAUAUCAUCGACAAGCAGCAACGAUUACGUUCUCGCAUCGCGAGGACCCAAAACGCGGUGUCUGCUACCAUGCCUCGUCGGCGAAAAGUUCAGGAUGGACAGAUCAUCAAAGCCGAAAAGAUGCUCGUUCGCAUCGAGGAGACUUUGCAAGGAGAGCUGCCUGCCGACUACAACGAGAACGAUAGUCUCCGGAUGGAGACUCGGGCUGUGGACAAAUGGCGCGAAUUUCUGGUUGUGUGUCGUAAAAGCUCGUUGGAGCACACUCCGUUUGUCUUGCAGAUGUAUCGCACCCGCGUGAUUCCCGACAUUCACCACGCGAAUAGCAAGACAGCGGCUUACUACGAGCUGCGCCUCAACCACAAGCAGACCAAGGCCAAUCUCUACUCAACUCUUGACAAGACGAUUGUCGUGUGGCAUCCCCGACGGCAGGGCACGAAAAUCUACAUUAUUCGCCCCAAAUCAACUGCUCAUGCUGCCGAGUGGUACACGUUCAUUCGCCAGGUGCUCGGCUGGCGGCGACCGAAAUCGCUUCCCAUUAAUGUUCCUGAGCUUGGGGUAUCACUGAUUUUCAACCAUCCGUUUGAGCAGCUUGAGACAACCGAUGAUAGCGGCCACCACAGUGCCAUUCUUCAACGGUCAGACUCCGAUGAUAAAUUCGCUGCUGCCACUAUCAUCCGGUGCUGCAUGCAGUUGCUCGAGGGUCAGCCCGAGUGGACAGAGGUGCUGAAGACCUGGUCCAAGACUGAGAAGAUGGGGCUUGCCUGGAAACGUUACGACCGGCUCGAAUGGAUUUUUGGGGCGAACGAGCAAAAGAUGUAUGGGACAAUUGCGAUGGAGUCCUCGCAUGAGCUUGAGCUUCGGCCACGACACCAUUAUCCGACAGUCGUAAAGCACUGGGGACGAAGGGACGAAGAGCCACUGCCGAUCGAAGGGUUCUUGGUCAGGCUCACGUCCCAGAAAGGCGUGCAUCAGCGGACGUCCAAGAUGUUCUUCAAACGGCUCUACUUUUUCACACAAGACCAUUACUUUUUGUUUUGCCGACCGGCUAAAGCGCAGCCACCCGCGCCGCCAAAACUGGUUGAGGAAGACGCGGGCGUUCCGUCUGCCCGACAGAUCCUGGAUGAAAUGCCGCAGUCAUGGGAUAUUGAUCCGUACCCCCUUGAGGGCGGAAGUAUUGCAUGGCUAUCUAGUGGAAACCCCGAGUUUGUCCAGCGGCACGACGAAGAGGCCUAUGCUCAAAUGCAGCGGAAUGUACACAAUGUCAGCCACGCAGACGGAUACAUUGACCUGUGUCGGGUCCAAGAAGUGCGCAAUAUCCUUCGUGGAGCCAGUCCUGCAGAUCCCAACAUUGACGCAGGCCCUGCCGUGGAGUUUGAUCGCGAGGCAGCAGAUUCGCGACAGGAUGAUGGGGCAACGAGAGAGUUUGAUGAUGAUAGGACAUUCGAAAUGGCGUUGGAUAAUGGCUUGGUGGUUCGAUUACAGGCCCACGACACUGCGUCUCGAGACCAGUGGGUUCAGCGACUCGGUGCACUGGUAUCGUACUGGAGGUCGCGCAGCGCCCAUGACGCAGCAGAGCUCAAAGAGGUGCGAGCGCGCAAUCUCAAGCUUCUAGAUAUCGAUGAGGAGAUGGAGUCGAUUGUCGGGCAGUUUGCAAAGAAGUGGGAAGUAAAGAAGGCAGAAGCGUCACCGCACACGCAUAACAUGUGUGCGCUGUCUGGUUGUCGGACGAUCAAGAUGUCCGGACAACUAUACCGCAAGCCCCGUCGACACGCCACCUUUAGUCGCUGCCAUGUCAUGCUAACGGAGGGUCACCUGCUCAUCUUCCGAAGCACGCUGCGCCGCAGCAACGGCGUCGAGAUCCCGCACAUCCACCAGGAACUCGAGACCAGCAUCGACCUGCGCGACUGCUACAUCUACUCCGGCCUCCUUGCGGAAGAUGACUUGUUAUACGCGAACCAAACCUUCGACAGUAAUAACCCCGGUCUUCACGCUCUACCACGGGUCUAUCUAUCUACAGAUCGCUUCACCAGCCGCGACGAGGACACAUCCAUCACCUUCGUAGUGUGGAAACCACUGAAGAGGAACUACUUCCGCGCACAGGAGAAACUACGGGGCGGCGAGACGAAGAGCGAGCUCCGACAUGUCUCGACGUUGGGCAAGCACGGCCGCACGAUCGUGUUCAAGGCGCGAAGUCGCGUUGAGAAGGAUCGAUGGGUGCUGAGCAUUGCUUCGGAGAUUGACCGUCUCCAGGAAGAGAAACAGGAAGAUAUACGCAUUGUUUCUCUGUAG